AUGAAGCACCACAUUAAGGAUCGCGGGGUAAGGAGGAGGACGAAAGGGAAGGCUGAGAUCGAACCACGACAAGAUGAUCAGUGGAGUAGAGCUGUGACAGCGGGGCAAGACAAGAAUCAACAACAGCAACAACAGCAUCGUCACCAACAUCUUCACGCUCUGUUUGUGUUUGCCCUGGUCGUCUUGUUCUGGGGAUGUAUUUUUGAUCUCUUGGAGUCCAACGUCACUCUACAGUUCAUCUCCUUGUGGUCCCGCUCAGUAUGUGGCGACAUGGACUGCGAGUAUCAGCCGAGCAUCGCAAGGAUGUUGACUGGCCUUGUCUUCGUUCUUCUCUCGUCGAGCAUGCUGCUCGCCAUGGGCUCCUCAGCCUUUUUUAACGCCCUGGGCUCAGACGACGCGGGCGAGCUGAAGCCUCCAGGACUCUCACUGACCGACAACUUGCUGGGGAUCAAGCUCGAGGUUCCCGUCCUUCACAGGCGUGUCUACGUGGGUCGCUUACUCUACUUCUUGCUCUACGGGUUCCUGUGCGUGCUGGUCUGGAAAGGAUUCGAGCACGUGUGGGAUGGGCUGAGGGAUCUGCUCACCAUCAGUCUCGCCGUCUCCAAGCAGCUCGUGAUCGCCUUCCUUUUUCUGUGCUCUACAACAACACUUGUGAUGAUCGGGGAGAUGUCAAAUCAGUUCGCAGCGACUGAAGCUCAAAGAGACAAGUUGGUGAUGGUGAAGGACGACAAGACAAGGGAAUAA